AUGAUCGGUAUUGGGAACACCCGGACUCCCGGACAGGGCAAGCUGGGCAAGGGAACACCCAAUGGAAGGCAAGACCUGCCCAGUCAGGGCCAGUUAAGGGCGUGCUCGAUAGGGAACAUCAGCCAGAGCAAGUUCGGCAUAGGGAAGGAACGCCCGUCCAUAGGACGUGCCCCGUCUGUUUUUAUUUUGCAGAAGGAGUCCCCCCUGGACGCGCACCUGCACAUCGCCGCGCUGCAGGGCGACGUGGACACGCUGCGCCGGGUCCUGGACAGCGGCAGGGUGCACGUGGAUUGCAAGGACAGGGACGGCACCACCCCCCUGAUCCUGGCGGCGGCUAACGGCCACCUGGACUGCGUGGAUGAGCUGCUCGAGCAAGGGGCCGACCCCCGCGCCAGGAGAACGACGGGCACGACGGCGCUGUUCUUCGCCGCGCAGGGCGGCUUCGUGGACAUUGCGCAGACGCUGCUGGACAACGGGGCGCAGGUGGACUCGGCCAGCAUGGUAAGUAACAGCGGCAGAGACGGCGCCGUGGUGUGCGGCCCCAGAGAGCGAGGGAUACAACAGGACGGUUUUGUCUUCACCGACCGUUUUCAUUACACGGCGGUGGUG